CCAGCUGGAAACGGAACCCUCUGGGAGAGCCUCUGGUUCCCCAGGGAACGGGAUGGGGAUCCCGGGGAUGCCGUGGGAGCGUUCCCGGCAUUCCCAGCGCUCCGGAAUUCCCGGGAUUCCCGCAGGCCGGAAGCACAUGCGGCAGUCCACCACGGAGCACACCCGGCAGACGUUCCUGCGGCUCCAGGAGCGCCAGGUGCAAUCCAAGAGGAAAAAGGGAGGCCCCAACUACGAGCGGCCUCUGACCCAGGAGGAGCUGCUGGAGGAGGCCAAGAUCACCGAGGAGAUCAACCUGCGAUCCCUGGAGAACUACGAGCGCCUGGAGGCCGACAAGAAGAAGCAGGUGCAGAAGAAGAGGAAGAUCGUGGGCCCCGUCAUCCGCUACUGGUCCCUGACCAUGCCCCUCCUGCCCGAGCCCGGCCGCGACGACCCCGUGGACGUCGAGGGGCUGGAUCCCGACUCCCACUCCUCCUCCUCCUCCUCCUCGCCGUUACCCGCCGGGAAAUGCUCCCGCACCUUCAUCUCCUUCAGCGACGACGCCACCUUCGAGCGCUGCUUCCCCAAAUCCAAAGCGCCGCGGCUGCCGGUGCGGGAGCUGUGCCCCGUCACCCACAAACCGGCGCUCUACCGCGAUCCCAUCACCGACAUCCCCUACUCCAACGCCCGCGCCUUCCGCAUCAUCCGCGAGGCGUACCGCAAGUACAUCACGGCGCACGGGCUGCCCAGCGCCGCCGCCAUGGCCGGGGGCGGAGACGGCCCCGCCGCCGCGCGCCCGGGGAGGCAGAAAAUCGUCAUCAAGCAGAGCGUUCCCAGCGCCUGAAAUCCCGGGAUCCCGGGGAUUUGGGGUUCUGGGAUUUGUCGGGAUUUUGGGAUUUGGUGGGAUCGGGAUAUCGGCGUGGACGGCGGCCGUGGUUUCCUUGAGGCGCUACCGGGAAGAGCGGCAGGAAUUCAUCAUCAAAUGAAACAUUCCCAGUGCCUGAAAUCCUGGGAUUCUGGGGUGUUGGGGCAUUGGGAUUUUGGGAUUUGGGGAUUUGGGAUGUUUGGGAUUUGGGAUGUUGGGAUAUUGGGUUUGGGAUUUUUGGGCUCAUCCACAGCGAUGGUUUCGUUGAGGAGCUCCCAUCUCAAACAGCAGAAAUUCGUCAUCAAACGAAACAUUCCCAGUGCCUGAAAUCCCGGGAUUUUGGGGUGUUGGGGCAUUGGGAUUUGGGGAUUUGGGAUGUUUGGGGUUUUGGGGUUUUGGGAUUUGGCGGGAUCGGGAUAUCGGCGUGGACGGCGGCCGUGGUUUCCUUGAGGCGCUACCGGGAAGAGCGGCAGGAAUUCAUCAUCAAA